ACCCCCAUGUACUUCUUCCUCAGCCACUUGGCCCUCACGGACAUCUCCUUUUCAUCUGUCACUGUCCCUAAGAUGCUGAUGUACAUGCACACUCAUGAUCAAUCCAUCCCCUAUGCAGGGUGCAUUUCCCAGAUGUAUUUUUUCUCACUUUUUGGUUGUCUUGACAAUCUCCUUCUUGCGGUGAUGGCUUAUGACAGAUAUGUGGCCAUUUGUCAGCCUCUCCAUUACACCACUGUCAUGAGGCAGGAACUAUGUGUCUCCUUAGUAGCUGGGUCCUGGGUUCUCUGUUCUAUCCUUGCCCUGUUGCACACCCUCCUCUUGGUCCAACUGUCCUUCUGUGCUGCCAAUACCAUCCCACACUUCUUCUGUGACCUUACUUCCCUCCUGAAGUUGAGCUGUUCAAACAUCUCCAUAAGUGAGCUGGUCAUCUUUAUUGUGGGAGGAACACUUUUCAUCCUGCCUUUGAGUAGUAUCUUGGGCUCUUAUAUUCACAUAGGGACUGCAGUUCUGAGGGUCUCUUUUACCAAGAGUCUCUUUAAAGUUUUUUCCACCUGUGGCUCCCACCUCUUCGUGGUGUCUUUAUAUUAUGGGACAAUUGCUAGUGUUUACUUUUUUUCCUCAUCAUGGGAAUCUAAUGACAAAGAUGUAAUUGCUUCCUUUGUGUAUGCAGUAGUUACUCCCAUGCUGAACCCCUUCAUCUACAGCCUCAGGAACAGAGACAUAAAACAGGCCUUUGAGAUAUUUGUCAAUAGGGCUAACUUCUUGAAGUGACAAUCACUAAAUCCCCACAUGGUAGUCAUGUGCGUAGUGAGAUAAUCUUUUAAAAUCAUCAUGUGAUUGGCAACUCUGUAACUUCAAAUGAAUAUGCAUUCAGUCAUCAUACAUGGUGUUAAUAUGUCAAUAAGGUCAAGUUUGUUACUUGCAUUGUUAAAUAUUCUUUAUCUUUAAUUAUAUUUUUGCUCCAUCAUCCCUUUAAAAUAUGUGGAAAACACUAUGCAAUAUAUUACACAUAAUAAUGAUUGUGGUUUUGCCCUUUUCUCCUUUUAUAUGUGUCAGCUUUUGCUUAUAUAUUUUUUAUACUAGGUUAUUGAUAACACACCAAUUUAGCAUUAUGUUCUGCACCUUGAACUGAUUCAUAUCUGUAAAAUGUGCUGAAAUUGGCUUGCACUGGCUGCAAGCUGAUUGUUAACAUCUCUUUUCAGCUCCGAAGUCAGUGACAUGAAGCUGGUGGAUUGAAAUCAGGCACAAUGGGCAUAAUUACACUAUGUAAAUUGGCAAAUGCUACAAAGCAGUACUCUCCUAUGAUGACAGGCCAUUUAUUAUUCAUUUACUAGCAUACCAUUGCAUUUAUAGUGAGGGGAGAAUUCUCUUUAGCAUUGGAUCCUACCUUCACAACUCAUUUACUUCUGAUAUUAAUAUAGAUAUACCAGCUGUCUUUCAGUUGGUGUUUACAUGGCACUUCUUUUCCAAGAUUUUAGACAUUUUUAUGUCCUUAUAGCUGUAAAGUGUGGUUUGUUAACAGUGUAAGUUGAGUUUUGUUCUUUUUAUGUAGCUUGACCAUCAUUGUAGGUCUGGAGAAUUUGAUCAAUUAACAUUUAAUAUAAUCAGAAUGUAUCUGGAUUUAUGUUUUCCAUGUUUCUAUUUGUUUUGUAAUUGAGACAACUGAUUUCAUAUUUAUUGUCACUUCUUUGUCCAUUUUAAGUAAUUAAAAAAUAUAUUUUG